AUGCGUCCAGUGAAAUUUGCUGAAUCUGCAUUAUUAACCGUUAUUACACCUUACUUAUGGACAUUAUCAUUAUUCGCUGUCGUGAUGCCACCAUUUUUGAUUUUACGUAGGGCACCAUCCGAUCGGCUUUGGUUGUUCCACCUAUUACGAAUUAUUUUCGCAGCAUAUACACUACUUCAAUUGACUGUUGGCUUUUCGGUGGAGCAUAUAAAGAAUAUCGUGGUCAGUAGCUUUGUGUUGAAAAACUCUUUGGACAACAUGACUCGUAUUUUAUCCAUUGGCAUCAACAUCAUGCAAAUCAUGGUCCAAAUAGUGAUCUAUAUGCAAGCAUUAACUGGACACCAACUAUUACGGAGCAUACUCACGAAAGUAGUGCAACUGGAAUCGGAUAUACGAAAACACUGUACGACUAUGUGUUCGUUGCGUGCCAUUCGUUGGCGGUUCUGUCUACGUAUCGGAAUUUGGUGGUUCAUAGUUUCCUUCUUUCUAUUGCAACUGAGUUAUGCGCUCUCCGACCAAAAUCUGGCGCCGCGUUUUCGUUGGAUCACUGUGGUGUUCAGUUUGUUAUCACAAAUUAAAGUGUUAGAAUAUUGUGUUAGUGUGCUGUUGAUACAGGAAUUGUUACACUUGGUCUAUCAACAGCUGGCAUAUUUGCGGCGAGAACUGGCGCUUUGUGAAAACGUAGAAUUGCGUGGGAGUUUAUAUGUAGAAUUGCAAAGUAAUCAACAGCUACUGGCGCGUGUAUGGCAGUUAUUGAGUGAAGUGGAGAGAUAUUUUUGCAUUCCUAUAUCUUUGGUGUUUUUCUAUCAUGGAUUUACUAUAACACAAACUAUACUUUGGGGUUAUACCAAUUUGGAAUUUGAGGAUUUUAAUUUGCGAUUAUGUCGUAUUGCCUUCACCAUUAUGAUUAUUGCUAGUUUGUUUAUACCCUGCUACUUGAGUCAAUGCUGCAUUGAUGAGUAUAACCGUUUUGGCACUUUACUACACAAACUGAAAACUGUAGGAAUCGACGUAAAUCUGAGUAUGCGUUUACAGGAGUAUUCGUUCCAACUUAUGCAUCAAAAAAUGCUCUUCACUUGCGGUGGUCUAUUCGAUAUAAACUUGAAGAACUUUGGAACGAUAAUCUUGACGAUUACAAUUUACGUCGUUAUAUUGAUUCAGUUCAAACUACAAUCGGUAAAGGAAAGGAGAUCCAGCAUAGAAACAAGUUUUGGUUGAAUUCCUAUUGAACCGUUAAAUGUUACUUUUAAAUUUAAAUAUUUUGUGCAUGAU